AUGUCUUCCAUUAAAGUUUCAGAAGCAGAUUUAGCCCCAACCCAAACCACCAAACACGACAUAGAUCGCCACUUGGGAAAUUUCAAACCCAGUGUUUGGGGAGAUAGGUUUCUCUCAUGUGAUUCCAUCUUACUUCUGGAUGAUGAUAGAAGAAGAUAUGACAACCUGAAGGAAGAAGUAAAGCAAAUGCUAAUUCUUGUGGUUGACAAGCCUGUGCGAGAGAAACUCGUUUUGAUUGAUACCAUUCAACAGUUGGGCGUGGCUUGCCAUUUUGAAAGCGAGAUUAAUGAAAUCUUGAAAGAGAUCUAUGAGACUCACCUUGAUCUUGAUGCCAUUAACGAUAGUGAUGACCUUUAUAUUGUUUCUCUCCGAUUUCGAUUACUCAGGCAACAAGGUUACAAAGUUUCUUCAGGAAUAUUCAAUAAGUUUAAGAAUAGCAACGGAAACUUCAAAGAAUCUUUAAGUAACAACGUUAAAGAUAUAUUAGAGCUUUAUGAAGCUUCGUAUUUGCGAGUACAUGGAGAAGAUGUACUAGAGGAAGCGUGCACCUUUGCAACCACGUAUCUUAAGUCCUUUACAACUUCAGACAGUCUUCUUGCAACACAAGUAGCCAAGGCCUUAGACCGACCGAUUCGCAGGGCCUUACCAAGGCUAGAAGCUAAAAGAUACAUUUUUAUUUACCAAAAAGAUACUUCACAUAACAAAACGCUCCUAGAGUUUGCUAAAUUGGAUUUCAACUACUUGCAAUCUCUCUACAAGAAAGAGCUCAGUGAGAUCUCCAAGUAUUGGAAGAACAUGGAUAUUACAAGUAAACUACCAUUUGUGCGAGAUCGAGUGGUGGAAAGUUACCUUUGGGUAUUAGGAGGAUUUUCGGAACCUCGAUUAUCUUCUCUAAGAAUAAUAAUAACUAAAUUACUUUUUAUCACAGUAAUAAUUGAUGAUAUGUACGAUGCAUAUGGCACAUUUGAAGAGCUUCAACUUUUUACGGAUGCAAUUGAAAGGUGGGACAUGAAAACCAUAAAUAAUCUCCCAGACUAUAUGAAACUAUGCUAUACAAUAAUUUUUGAAUUUUAUGAGGAAAUUAAAAAAGAGAUGAUCGAAAGAGGAACCAUUUAUCGAAUUCAAUAUGUAAAAGAAAAGAUUCAGAAACAAAUUGAAGCCUACUUUGCUGAAGUCAAAUGGUUCAACGACAAUUACAUACCACCAAUUGAAGAGUACAUGUCAGUUACAAUCGAUUCAACUGCCUAUCACAUGUUUUUGACAAUUGGUUUUGUGGUUAUGGAAGACACUGUAACAAAAAACAUGCUUGACUGGGUGGCAAGCAAACCGAAAAUUGUGAUAGCAUCAACACUUAUUUGCCGAUUCAUGGGAGAUAUUGUUUCUCAUAAGGCUGAACAAGAGAGGGGACAUGUUGCUUCAAAUGUUGAGUGCUACAUGAACCAAUAUGGUGUGACUGUCGAAGAGGCUUACGUUGCAUUAAAGAAGCAAAUUGAGGACAAAUGGAAAGAUAUGAAUGAAGAGCUCCUCAUGCCAACAGCCGUACCAAUGUCUCUCCUCACAUUUGUACUUGAUUGUGCGAGAGUGGUGGAUGAGCUUUACAAAGUAGAAGAUGCAUUUACAAUAAAUGGAAAAGCUACAGAAAAUGCUAUCACUGAAUUGUUUAUCAAUCCAUUGGCCAUAUAA